AUGUAUAGUUAUGCAGAUGAUUUGAAUCUUCCACUUGUUGGUGAAUUACAGUUAGAGUGUUGUCAUCCAACAUCACAGUGUCUUAGUCCAUAUAUACCUGGAGAAUGUUUGACAGCAACUAAUAUAGGGUCGGUUUACCUGUGGUCUCAAGAAAGAAAAGAAGAGAUCUUGAAAGCAAAUGACCACAGAUUCUCCUGUAGAAACCAGUGGCGACAAGCAAUAUUUAGCAGCCACCCAAGACAGGUUGUGUCAGCUGAUUGUACUGAAGUAGAAUUGUUUGAUUUGAGGAAAAAAUGCAAUGAUGGAGUGGACUUGUUUGCCUUACCAAGUAAAUUUCUACAUCAAAAUGAGAGAAUACGGAUGAUUAAACAACAUUCACCAUUUUUGUAUGUUAUAGCUACAGAUUACUCGCUGAUUCUUGUAGACGAACGUUUUCCUGGGCAUCCUCUUUUGCAGUGGCAACAUUUAUUAAGAAAUCCUCCUCAGUAUAUGUCUGUUCUGGCUGAUAUAGGCAAUGAAAAGCAGAGCCUCAUUUCCAUUGCAAGUCAGAAUCCUAUGGAAACUUAUUGUUAUAUGUUUCAAGGUGGAGCUCACAAAACACUCCAAGGAAUUGGAUCACCCUGGCAGUUGACAAGGAUUGAUGAUUUCACCAAAUUUGAUGAGAUAUGUAAAACAACAGAUAAAAUUUCUGUGGAACACAAGUACAAGAGAGAUUCUUUAUUAGGCUUACAGUGUGUACCAUUUAAAGAUGGAUUGGUAGCUUAUCAGUUGGAUGUUCAUGGGGACAUUUACUACCAAGUAUUUCAGCCAACCAAUCAAAAUACUGAUAAAACAUUUGCUGCAGGACCAGGCAUGAAUGACCUUGUUCUUGAUGAAGUCACAAUAGAGAAAGGAAGAAAAUGGAUAAAGGGAGUGAAUAAAGCUUGGGAUGAAUGGAAUGAUGAUCAGACCAGAUUUGUACAUUCUUCAGAUGUAACAAGUUUUUUUGAGGAGAUAGUCCUGGAGAAACCAUCCCACAUUAUGUGUCAGCUUUGUAAUGGAGACAUGGAUACUAAUGAUGCUGGUGAUGAAAAUAUGGAUGGAAGCAAACAGGACAAGGGAGAUAAUUCUUAUGAAUUUUGUCAUGCCUGUAGACAGUACUUAAGGACAGGAAAACUGAUUGCUGAUAAUGCAGCAAAAGAUAGAGUUUGUAGAAUUUCAUCAGAGGAGCUGAGGUCUCUCCCUAAUGUUGCCUCCCUCCCUACAGAUGUUCUAAGUCAGAUGAUAACAAGGUUAUGGAAGGAGGAACCUGUUGAUGACUUACUGCCUCUAAGGGAUGAAGAAGUAAAGAAGAAGCUUGAAAAGCCGAAAGAAAAGAAGAAAAGACCAGUUAAAGAAAUAAAUAUUGAUGGACUCCCUCCAGCCCUUAUAGAGAUGAUGGUAGAUACAGAUGACAACAAUUUUAUGGAUGACAUUGAAACUGGUGGACUUAUGACUGCAGGAGAUGAUAGCAUGGACCUAUUUACUGAUGAAGAUUCUCAGGAUAAUAACGAGAGCAUUGAAAAGGGAGAUAAAUCAACAGCAAGAAGUACUGAACAAGAAAGUUUGGAAACAGCAAGGGAUACUCUAAAACUAGGAACUGUUAAUGUACAUGUAUUAACAAAGGAAAAAGUAAUGAAAGACUUGUCAGCUCAGAGAAAGAGACAUUCUUCUAUAUCAAGUUUUUCUAGUAUUCAGAGUUUGGGAUCAACAAGAUCAAAUUCUCUGCCUGGUUUUAUGAGAACUCCCACAAGGAAAUAUCAAUCACCUGUGAAAAGGCAGACGGUCAAAAAUACUAAACAUGAUUCCGAUAUAUCAAGUGCAGAUCUUUUGGAUGAGGAAUUUUUAUCUCAGGAAUCCAGACAAACUAUACAAAUGUUUUCAAAUGUGACAGUGCAGCCAAGUUUUCAAGAUCUAUCUGAAAGACAAAUUGACUGUGCUUCAAAACAUAUCAGAAUUGAUUCAUUACCUAAUAGUCCAAAUAUAUCACAAUUAACACCGUCCAUGUCACCACAGAAAAAGACCAGAGUGAAAAAGAAAUUUGUAUCAGGAGAUUAUUUGGCUACGCCCCCUAAGUCAAGGUCUAUUGACUUGUGA